AUGGGCGCGGGGGACUCAAAAUGCAACUGUGGCCUUUGCCACUGCUGUGGCGAUGGGCCCUUGGAGCCCUGGCGCGACUCCGGCGGAUGCAUCCGCAUGCUCAUCAUCGCUUUAGACUAUGACUAUGCGCCCUCCGCCGAGCUAACGUGCACAAAGGAUGCACGCACCAUGUACAGGAUGGCGGGACGUGCCGGCGUGGACGACAUUACCGUCAUCACGGACAAGGCAGGAGUUGGAGAUCCCAGCUUUCCCACACGUUCUUUCGUUCUCCGCCAUAUGCGGCAAGUCGCGAAACGGUGCGAAGAAGGAGACUGGUUUGUGUGGUUCUGGGCGGGUCAUGGCGUGAACGUGCCGGAUUUCAAUGGCGACGAAAAGGAUGGCUUUGACCAGGCCUUCGUCACGCCGGACGUCACUGGACGACUGACCGAAUCUGCAGUCCUCAUCGACGAUGAGUUUGCCAUGGCUUUGGACACCUUUGUCCCAGAUGGAGUUCGGAUCCUUUGCAUCAACGACUGCUGCCACUCGGGGACGAUCUGUGACAUCGAUUCCUUCAUGUAUAAGCACGACAUCUAUUCGAUAUCGGCUUCACAAGACAAUGAGGAGGCUGAAGACAUGGGUGAGGGAGGUGUUCUGAGCACAGCACUUCGACGGGCCGUCCGCACCCUCAGCGUGGAGUAUGGAAACCAGGAGUUUAGCAUUAUGGAUGUCUUCCAGCGCUGCAAACGCUUCGCUGUGCGGCUCACAGGUGAGCAGAACAUCAACUUGCAAUACUCUGGGCCCAAGCCCUCUACGGUAGCCUGGCCGCUCUGCUUCCCGUGGUGGACCUACCUCCAGAAGGCCGGCUUGAUGAAAGUUGACAUCCAAGAAUUUGCUGAG